AAACUCGCUUGCUCAGACUUUUGCCCCAGAGGCUUCCAGUCUGUUCCAGCUUGGUGGCUGCUACCUGGAGCUCUCUGUCUAAAGUCUAAGAGAGGAAGUAAUCAUCUUCAUCAGAAGAGGAAGUUGUCUGGGAAAACGGAAUAGCAGAUCACCAGGGGGGAAAAUCUGCCCAGAGUUCAUCAGGUUUCCAAAGGACAAGCCAGGUAGAAGGCUGCAGAACUCUGAGGAUACUCCAUAUCACCUGGUGAUAACCAAAAGUCAAAUAAUGUCUCGCUACGGAAAGCACCCACGCCUCAGCCUGGAAGAAGGUGUAAACUUCCAGGACCCAACUGAAACGGAUGAGGUGGUGUUCCCAGUGGUUCCCACUCCUGAGAAUGAGGAGAAAGAGGGAGAGGAGGAGGUCCAAAAGGAAGAAGAAGAAGAAGAUAGCAAUAAGCAGGAGGUGGAAGAUAACAGUGAGAAGGAAGAAGAAGACGAAGAAAAGGAGAAAGAAGAGGAAAAUGAAGAGUCUGAUGAUGAAGUGGAUGAGGAAGAAAAUGAGACCGGAGAGGAAGAAGACAUAGCUUCUAUCUUUUCAUUAUCUUCUAAUGUCUCUUCAGUUGCUUUCUCCCCUCCUUCUCCUUCUUCUUUUUUUUCUUCUUCUUCUUCCUCCUCCUCCUCUUCCUUCUUUUCUCUGUUUCAGAACAACCUGGUGGAGAAUGAGGACUUUGCUCUUGGGAUGCUAAGCAUUUUUCAGAAUGCUCAGAGCUUCUUCCCCUCACCUACUUUAGGGGGAAAUUUGGAUUAUGCAGUCGGCCACCAGGAAGAGAGUUCAGGUGUCAUCCUGUCUCCAGAAGACCCUGACUCCUUGCUCAAUGCUGUAAUACAAGAAAAGGCUACUGAUUUGGUGUUUCUUUUCAUUUACAAGUAUAGAAUGAAGGAACCCAUCACAUUAACUGAAAUCAAUGAGGUUGUCACUAACGAGUAUGAGAACCAUUUUCCUGUCAUUUUCAUUGAAGCAUCUAAAUGCUUGGAGAUGACCUUUGGGAUUGAUAUAAAGGAAAGUGAUCUCGUAAGCAGUGCUUAUGUCUUUGUCAACUCACUGAACCUCACCUAUGAGGAUAUGCUGAGUGACAGUGAUAGGCUGCCUAGAAAUGCUUUCCUGAUAGUUAUUCUGGGUGUAAUAUUCAUAGAAGGGAACUGUGCUUCUGAAGAAAGAAUCUGGGAGUUCUUGAAACUGGUAGGAGUGUAUGAUGGGGAAGAGCACUUCAUUUGUGGGGAUCCCAGGGAGUUCCUUACCAUACAUCUAGUGCAGCAAAAUUACCUGGAGUAUCGGGAGGUGCUUAAUAGCCAGCCUCAAUGCUUUGAGUUCCUGUGGGGUCCAAGGGCCUAUGCUGAAACUACCAAGAUGAAAGUUUUGGAAUUCUUGGCAAAGAUGAAUGGGUGUGACCCAUCUGAUUUCUCAGUCUGGUAUGAAGAGGCCUUGAGAGAUGAGGAAGAAAGAGCCUUGGCCUUAAAUGACUCUGAAAAUGGAAGCCCAAAUGCAUGGUUUGUAGAGCGCUGAUCACUGGUUUCUUGUACCCAGUGUGAGGGAUCCCUUUUGCCAUGGAUUCCCUCUAAUUUUGAAAAGAGCAGUCAGGGAAAAUCAAACCUAGGCUCAGUAGUACAGUCUCACUAUGCUAAUUGAGGUUUCCUUAACUAUUUCAUUGGGGGUUAAUGUUAGAUGUUACUCAUUUUAAGGGAAAGUGUAUUACCUCUAAACUCUAUGAUUGAAACUGAUAACACAAAUUUUACUGUUUGUUCAAAAAAUAGUGGAAACAUUAUAUAAUGUUAAAUUUGGUUGGUUUAAUCCUUUUAGUCUAUUCUGUAAAAUUAAAAUGUUGUAUGCAUUUCUUUUCCAGACUUUUGUAAGAAAAUAAGACAUAAUAACAAAUCUUAAUAAAAACUGCUCACUUACUCAUUCA